UUGGCCACUUCAGAGUGGGAGAGGGGGAGGUGAAGACAGCCAGGCAAGCUGCAUCUCUGCCAGGCUGCUUCCCAUUCUCCUUGUUUUUCCUGAGCCAGAGCAUUCGGCACACCCGCUCCGGGUGCCUCCGAGCCCAUCUCGCAACGCCCAGGAUAGUGGGGUGUGAGGCUGGUGGCCAGGCACCUGUCCCUCCCUUAGCUCUGCUGGCACAGUCCCAGGACAGGACAUGUCAAGCUGCAACACCCCUGGGGGCCCCACUGCCCUGGACUUUCCGGAAGUCCUGAAGUCCCUACUGGAGUAUUCCUUGCCCUGGACCAACAAGAUGACAGAUAAAGAGAAGGAGAAAAUAAAGCUUGAAGAAGAUGAGGCAGCAGCUGCCAGCACUAUGGCAGUCUCAGCUUCCCUCAUGCCACCCAUUUGGGACAAAACUAUUCCUUAUGAUGGCGAGUCUUUCCACCUGGAGUACAUGGAUCUGGAUGAGUUCCUGCUGGAGAAUGGAAUUCCUUCCAGCCCUACUCACCUGGAUUUGAACCAGAAUCCACUCUUGCCUGUGGCUGAGUUGGAAGGGAAGGAAUCUGCCGGUGCUUCCACUGGUUCUCCUGCAUCUUCCUCUUCCACUGCAGUUUACCAGCAAUCUGAAGCAGCCUCCAGCACAGAGUCCCCACCACAAAAUGAGAGAAAUACACCCAGUCCCAUUGAUCCUGACUGCGUAGAAGUUGAGGUGAAUUUCAACCCUGACCCUGCUGAUUUAGUUCUGUCCAGUGUGCCUGGCGGUGAGCUCUUCAAUCCUCGCAAACACAAGUUUACUGAAGAGGACCUGAAACCACAACCUAUGAUUAAAAAAGCCAAGAAGGUUUUUGUCCCAGAUGAGCAAAAGGAUGAAAAAUACUGGACAAGGCGAAAGAAGAACAAUGUGGCAGCAAAGCGUUCCCGUGAUGCCCGGCGGUUAAAGGAGAAUCAGAUCACAAUUCGGGCGGCCUUUCUUGAGAAAGAGAACACAGCCCUGAGGACGGAGGUGGCAGAGCUGCGCAAGGAAGUGGGACGAUGCAAGAACAUUGUUUCUAAAUACGAGACCAGAUACGGACCCUUUGACUUAUCUGAUUCCGAGUGAUGCAACUUUAAAGACUUUUAAAAACAAAGAAACUAAAAAGCACACAUGAAUCGCCAGUCUUCAGAGUGAGCAGUGAAAUCUAUGAGGUGUCCCAACACAAACAACUGAUGAUGACCCUGCCUGCCUCCUUGCCUGCAAGUACCCCAUCUGACUACCCAGGGCUGGGCAUGAUGAAAAGUGCAAAGUCUCCUUAAUUCUGUAUAUGGCUUUCUUAUCUGUCUUUCUCACUGUAACUAUGAACUACAAUAAGCUUACCUACUGGGGUUUUGUCAAGACACUCAAAGUUCAUGUCUCCAAGUCUGUUGACAGCCUGUGUGAAUAGUGACUCUUCGUUUGGCACUCAAGUGGAAGAAGAGAGGGAGUUUUAAAUGAAAGUGUCUGUAUAUAUAAAGAACUGCUAUAUUUUAAGACUCUUUUCCCUGCAGUAUAAUGAGUUUCAUUUAAUACUGCAGCUCCCUUCUGGUACAGUGUAGUGUAUUGUGGAGUACUGUGAGUGCAGAACUAAAGACACUGGGAAGACAGCAGCCCGUAACGUGUGAGACUUCAGUGCAGAAUAUUACAGCAAAUGUACUGAAAUAAUCCAGAAAGCACCACAGUGUGCCAUACAGGGAGUAAUAAACCUCUAUCAAAUGACCCACGUAAUAAUAACCCACGUCGGUGGCUUUCCUGCUCCACAGCUACACUGCUGUAACCUGCCUUUUCCUUUAGUUCAUUUAUGAGGCUCACUUUCUUUUAUGGUAUCUUGCUGAAAAAGGAUCUAUUCUUCUGCUAACAACUUAGCAAUCAUGGAAAAGGUGCUAUUCUGAGCUGCUGAUCUCCAGGUCUUUUGGCAGUCUGAAACUACCAAAUGAGUAUUAGCUCCAGGAAAACAAUGGCUAUUAGUUGCCAUAUUACCAUUUUCUGUCUCUUGACUGCAGGACAACUGUGGUGCUGAAGGUGAAACAGCCAAUGAUAUCCCACAGUUACAAUGGGCAGCUUAAGAGUGAGGACCCUUGUGCUCAUGUGGGAGGGUAGAUGAAAGCUUGGAUGGAUUGUGGUGAUGUUUAUUGUGUUUAGAAGAUGAAGGCAGUAGGUGGAAGUUCCGUUGUAAGAAUUUCAUCAGCAUAACAAGAAUCUGCUCUUAUAUUAAGGGAGCUUGAGAGCUAAAUCUGUGUGGGAAGAGCAAGAGUAGUUACUUUCUAGGAAAGGAGUACAGGGCCAUGCUUGUAGCCAAAAUGGAGCUUGUAAGACAGGAGUAUGUUCAUGCCUAGAGAUUAAUGAAUAGCAUACACCUCAAAAAAAACAAACCUUGAAAGCUUUCUGAAGCACAAGUGCCAAAAUUAUGAGGCAUGACUAGUUAGCAGCAUAGCUCAGUGCUAUCAUAUUGAACAAUUAUUUUGACUUUGUGUUUACCCAAGAGAUUUUACCCCUAAUUUCAGAGCAGAAAUACAAAGAGAAAAAUGUGAGAAGCAGCAGCUAAUGUUGUAAGCUUAAUAAAAAAAAAAACAAAAUCAAAAGCAAGGAUUCAUAACCUGUGUUUGACAGCAUAACCUUUGUACAGAGCUUAUAUAUUAAAUGUAGUUUUUGACCUAUCAUUUUUAAUGGACAAUGUACUGAAGUAAAGAAAGAGUUUUUAAUUUUUUGCUGGCUACCAAAGUAUACCUAUGAGUGUAUUAUUAUAAAGCUCUGAGAUAAUCUUGGGAUAUUUGUAUCAAACAGAUAAAUAUCUUAGUUCCAUGUUGCUGAUAUGGCAGCAUAUAUCUCUACCUGUAUUGAGUACUGCUGAUUUGGACUGAUAUUUUUGGUAUGUACUGGUUUUUGCUUUACUUUGGUGAUAAAGGCCCAAACCAUGGAUUAAGAAAAACAAACCAGCAAGAAAGCAAACAACCAUGACAGCAUGUAAAUGUAGCAACUCUUUUCAUUUAUAAUUUCUAAAUUUUCAGUUAGCCCUGGCUGUUCUUAAAUGUCAUGCUUCCUGUUUAAAUCACAAAACCAAAAGUUAAAUAGCUGGGCAAAGAAGUUGCUUCAUUUGGAUCCUACUGUGCUUAGGAGUAUCUUUUAAAUACUUACAUAUUGUAUACAGGAUUUGUUUUUGCGCUAUGUCAUAACAUUUUAACAGCAAAAUAUUCAGUCAAUGAGAUUAGCAUGUGCAAUUCUAUUGUUUUAUUUCUGUUAUCUUAAAAGCUUACACAGUGGAAACUAACAGUGAAUGUUCAUUAGAUCUUUCUUUCAGAGAAGACUGUUAGCAAACAUUUGUGCUUCCCUGUAGGACAAUGCAGAUUUGCACAAUCUGUGAUUUAUGUGUCUACGGGUUGCAAAACUGGAAAAUCGCACUUUAGGGUGAGUGCAGCUCAACUUUUGUAGCUGGGGAAUUUGGUGUUGUUGUUAUUAAGAAGUAGUAUCUUUAAAAAUAGAUGAGAGGGUAGUAACUAUUUAAAGGAGUGCAGAUAUAGCCAGACAGAAAAUACUGUGCAAUGCUGAACUCCUUUCUCAGUUUUUGCAGUCUCAGGAAGUUAAGUUUAUUGCUCCGGAGCUCCCUGCUCCUCUCAGAAUGAUUCACUCUAUCAUUUUGUUUCUUUGACUAGGAUGACAAUCCUAUCUGUAAGUGAUAACUUGGGUAUGUUUUCUUAGUGAUCAUAAGAAGAGAAAUAUUCUUUUAGCUCAGUUUGAAUGUUAAAAGAUGCUGAAUUGACACUGUUAGGGUUUGAAGUUCUCUAGCCUUGGAACAUACUCUGUAGAGGCCAUAAGUUUGCCUGAUGCCAACCUACCCCAUUCCACAAAGGGACCAUCUCCAAGGGGAGAGAAUAAAGGGCAUGUGCACCUUUCAGCAUCACUGCAGGGAUUGCCAGGAAAGAGAGCAGUUCAUGACAACUGUACUUUCAUUAGGAAGAAGAUUGACACCGCAUGGCCAUUUCAUAGUACUAACUUUGAAAAUAUAUAAACUGUGGAUGGAAUUUGUGGACAACAAGUGUUGUUUUACUCUGCAGAAGACAGCAGCUAUGAAUAAAUAAUGUGCAAUUUUUAAUACAGUAUUGCUUUCAUACAUUAUGAUCUAAUCUACGUAUAGUGGGUUUGUGUCUAAAAAUUCCAAAAAGCUUAAUCUUUCACCUGUUGCCAAGAUCUGCUCCCACUGAAGCUGGUAUCAAAGAUCUCAUUAACUCCCACAGGAAAAAGUCUUUACUCUUAUGUGGUUAUUGUAAAGUUUUAGCAAGUGCUGGAGUCAUGGGUGUCUUUGCUUUCCUCUGAAGCAUUCUGUGCUGGGAUCAGGUGGAUACAUCUCAGAUUGCAGGUGUAGUGUUGGUAAACUGGUCCUGGUAAUUUUGAUAUUCAGAUAAUCUGAACUCUGCUUUUUUUUUGGUCCUCCAUGGACAGAGUGAAAAAGUAGUGUAUUAUGAACUUGUGUUGGAGGAGAAAUGUUUUUGGGUUGUUUGGUUUAUCGCUAAGCAUCUUUUUGCAGUAACAUUUUAUGUCUUUUCGGACAAUUCUCCAUUUCCUUGCUGUGCUGUUUGAGUGCCCAAGGUGUUCUAACUAGAGAUCACUUUCAGCAUUAUCUGCAGGCCUGCUACUAAUUGUACCAAAUCAAUUUCCAGUUGGGAGGUGCAGUGGAAGCCCAGCAGCUUUGGGAAUGCUGUAAUAAAACCACUUAUGCAGAAUUUUUUUUUUUUUUUUUUUUUUU